UUAUCUGUGACUGUUUCCGGUUACUUCAUUAGCAUAUGUUGGAAGAGAGAUAAAUCAGCAAGAGGAAGGCAAGUUACACUAAUUGGGACUUAUAAUGAAGCCACUUAUGCUUCAUGGACAUGAGCGUCCCAUUACACAAAUUAAAUAUAACAGAGAAGGAGAUCUUUUAUUUUCAUCAGCAAAGGAUCUUAAUCCAAAUGUAUGGUAUUCGUUAAAUGGAGAACGCCUCGGAACCUUCGAUGGUCAUCAGGGAGCAGUAUGGGCCAUCGAUGUUAACUGGGACACUACUCGAUUUAUGUCGGGAGCAGCUGAUCAGUGUUUGCGUAUCUGGGACUGUGCAACAGGAAGUCAGAUUGGGAAAAUUGAGAACAGCUCAUCUGUUAGAUCCUGCAACUUCAGCUAUAGUGCUAACAUGGCUGCGUAUUCAACAGAUGCACAUCUGGGUCAGCUGUGUGAGAUACUGAUAAUUGAUACGAAUAACAUGACAACGUCUUAUUCAGGGAAAGCGCAUCCAAUUCUUCGCAUACCCAUUCCCAACACUGGGCCGAAGGUGACCUCGAUGUUAUGGGGACCGCUGGAUAAGUCCGUUAUUACAGGCCAUGAAAACGGAGAACUCACUCAGUGGGACUUACGUAUGGGUAAGACUAUGAAUAGCACUAACGAUCAUAGCGGAUCAAUAAAUGAUAUGCAGAUGAGUAAACAUGGUAUAAUGUUCAUCACAGCAUCAAAAGACUACACAGCAAGACUGUUUGAUACAGACACACUGAGCUGUCUCAAGACGUACAAGACAGAACGACCCGUGAACAGUGCCGCAAUCUCGCCCAUCUACGAUCACGUUGUGGUCGGUGGCGGCCAAGAUGCGAUGGAUGUCACGACGACGUCGACGCGCAUCGGAAAAUUUGACUCACGAUUCUUUCACCUAGUGUUCGAGGAAGAAUUUGGUCGCGUAAAAGGCCACUUUGGACCGAUCAACAGUGUCGCGUUCCAUCCAGAUGGAAAGAGCUACAGUAGCGGGGGCGAAGAUGGUUACAUCCGUAUACAUAAUUUUGAUUCGGCUUACUUCGAAUUUAAUUUUGAUUGUCAGUGAAGUUGUGACUGGAGGAAUAAUUGACGGUUCUUCCAACAGAAUUUCCCUUUCCUGCACUUCGAAAAGUAUGCAGCAUUUCGUAUUGGAAUUGAUGAAAUUCCGGUAUGAACGUCUAAUAUACAAGCAGUUGUCCAAACAGUAUGUAAAAAUAAAAGUACUCAAAAGCAAAUUUGGCUUCAGAAACCUUUCUUUGACUCAUUGAUGUCCAUGCGAUCAGUGCAUUUUGAAUGAAUGUGUACGGUAUGAAGAAUAAAUUGUACAAAAUCUAGCUUCUUCAUUUUCUGUGAAAGUCGUAUGAUUAGUUCACCAUCGUUUCAGAGGUCCUUGCUGCAUCUAUCAUCAGGGUGAUGAAGACCUCUGUAAUGUCGGUAAACUUCUACCAGAUUUCACGGCACUACAACCCAGAAGACGGGCCAUCUAAGUAGCCUUACACUUUGUACUGCAGUUGUUGUAACAGUUCUGCGUAAUAUAUAAAAAUAAAAUAAUCCCAAAUUUUUUA